AUGGCGAUUGCACGUCCCAUUCGCAUGCUGGGUGCAGCAUGUAUUCUACUUACUCUCUUCCUGGUUUUCCAGCUCAACCAGAGCUCGGACAAGCCUUCCUCCAAGUUGGUCCACGGCAUGACCCGGGAUCCCCUACUAGAUCCCACCGGUGAACCCGCCGGGGAAUUAUGGCGCUCCGAGGACCACGACUAUGCCCCCGAUAGCGAGAAGUCCGCUCGCACCAAUGCCGCCCUCAUCUCCCUCGUCCGUAACGAGGAACUCUACGAGCUGAUCAACACCAUGCGCGAUCUCGAGCGCACAUGGAACAGCAAGUUCAACUAUCCCUAUAUCUUCUUCAACGACAAGCCUUUCUCCGAGGAGUUUAAGCAGAAGACCCAGGCCGUCACCAAGGCCAAGAUUCAAUACGAGUUGGUCCCCAAGGAACACUGGGAUAUGCCCAGCUGGAUCAGCGAGGAUCUCUUCCGCGAAUCCGCCAAGAUCCUAGAGGAGGAGAACAUCCAGUACGCCUCCAAGCUUUCUUACCACCAGAUGUGCCGCUGGAACAGCGGCAUGUUCUACAAGCACCCGGCCCUCGAGAAGUACCGCUACUACUGGCGUAUCGAGCCCAAGGUCCAAUUCUUCUGCAAUGUCGACUAUGACGUCUUCCGCUACAUGGAGGAUAACAACAAGACCUACGGUUUCACCAUCAACCUGUACGAUGCCCCGCAGACCAUCAAGACCCUCUGGCCCGAGACCCGCAAGUUCCUGGCAGCGAAUCCCUCAUACCUGAGUAAGAACAACAUGUGGGAGUGGAUUACCGACGACCAGGCCCGUCCCGAGCAUACCGAGGGCGCCAAUGGCUACUCCACCUGCCACUUCUGGUCCAACUUUGAGAUUGGUGACCUGGACUUCUUCCGUGGUGACAAGUACGAGUCCUACUUCCAGCACCUGGAUCGUGCCGGUGGUUUCUUCUACGAGCGCUGGGGCGAUGCGCCAGUCCACUCCUUGGGUGUCGGUCUGUUCGCCGACGCCGCAGAUGUGCACUGGUUCCGUGACAUCGGAUACAACCACAUCCCCUACUACAACUGCCCCAACUCACCCAAGUGUUCCGGCUGCACACCCGGUCAAUUCUACUCUGGCGCAGACUUCCUCGCCAAGGAGGACUGCCGUCCAACGUACUUCAAGUAUGUCGGCACGCACUAA